AUGGACAGCCACAAGGAUCGCAUAGCGUCCAUGCACCUGAUUCUGCAGGUCAUGCGACUGUUUGGCCUCUGGCCCUGGUCUCUUUCGGAGGGGGAGCAGUGGACUGUGUGGGGUUUCGUGAAGCGAAACUAUCGCUUUCUGCUGCACCUGCCCAUAACCUUCACCUUUAUCGGACUCAUGUGGCUGGAGGCCUUCGUCUCGAGCAAUCUGGAGCAGGCGGGUCAAGUGCUGUACAUGUCCAUCACGGAGAUGGCGCUGGUCAUCAAGAUUCUCAGCAUUUGGCAUUAUCGCACGGCUGCCUGGCGGCUGAUGCACGAGUUCCAGCAGGCGCCAGAGCUUCAGCUGCGCUCCCAGGCAGAGCUGGACUUCUGGCAGCGGGAGCAGCGCCACUUCAAGUGGUUCUUCUACAUCUAUAUACUGAUCAGCCUAGGCGUUGUCUACAGCGGCUGUACUGGAGUGCUCUUCUUGAAGGACUACGAGCUGCCAUUCGCCUACUACGUGCCCUUCGAGUGGCGCAACGAGCGCGGAUAUUGGCUGGCCUAUGGCUACGAUAUGGCAGGCAUGACGCUGACCUGCAUCUCGAACAUUACGCUGGACACCCUGGGCUGUUAUUUCCUAUUCCACAUCUCCCUGCUGUAUCGAUUGCUGGGCAAGCGAUUGAGAGACCUGCAGAAUACAUCGGAUGAGCUCUACUUUGGCCAGGAGUUGCGUCAAAUCUUCAGAUUGCAUCACAGUGUGCGCAGAUUGACCCACACCUGCCAGACAAUUGUGUCCCCGUACAUUCUCUCGCAGAUCAUUCUGAGUGCCCUGAUCAUCUGCUUCAGCGGCUAUCGACUGCAGCAUGUGGGAAUCCGCGCCAAUCCCGGGCAGUUCAUAGCCAUGCUGCAAUUUGUCAGCGUAAUGAUCCUGCAAAUCUAUCUGCCCUGCUUCUACGGCAACGAGAUCACAGUCUACGCCCAUCAACUGACCAACGAGGUCUACCACACCAACUGGCUGCACUGCAGGCCGCCACUCCGCAAGCUGCUCAAUGGGUACAUGGAACACCUCAAGAGACCAGUUGCCAUCAGAGCUGGCAACUUUUUUGCAGUUGGUUUGCCAAUUUUCGUAAAGACCAUCAACAAUGCCUACAGUUUCUUUGCCCUGCUGUUGAAUGUCUCUAAAUGA